CUUGUCGCAUCAGCAUCAUUUGAUAAAAUAUGUCUAUCUCAUUUUCCUGAGGCCUACAUUGUUGGGGAGCAUGGAGACAGUUCAGUGGCGCUAUGGUCGAGCAUAAGUGUUGGAGGAGUGCCAGUUCUAAGCUUCUUAAAGAGGCAACAGAUCGUAUAUGAGAAGGAAACUUUGGCAAAUAUCCACAAGGAAGUCGUGGAAGGUGCGUACGAAGUGAUAAGAUUGAAAGGCUACACGUCAUGGGCAAUCGGGUACUCAGUGGCCAGCCUAGUUCGGACAAUAUUGAGAGACCAAAGAAAAAUACACCCUGUCUCUGUCCUUGCGAAGGGAUUCUAUGAUAUUGACGGUGGCGAUGUGUUCCUCAGCUUGCCAGCACAGCUCGGUAGGAGCGGCGUCUUGGGCGUGACCAAUGUGCAUCUUACGGACGAGGAAGCACAACAACUAAGGAAUUCUGCCAAGGCGAUUUUGGAGGUGCAGCGUGAGUUGGCAUUUUGAAGAACCAAAUGAAAAGGAGAAUAAUAAUUAUGGAGUACUUUUUCACUUGGUCAAGUUUGAAUGUUUUUCAUUUAAUUUGCUGUCCAAAUGUUAUCCUUAAUGACUAAUCAACAAAACAUUUGUUUCAAUGUACUGCAAAAUUAACGAAGCCUUUGUUUCUUACGUACAUCAAAAUAUAAAACUUCAUUGAUGA